AUGGACGUCGUGGACAGCAAGUGGGGCACGGCCGGCGGUGUGGGGACGCUGCUGCCGAAGCUGCUGGAGCUCAGCAUCGUGGGCCACCCCUUCGUGAUGCCGGAGAUGGUGGGUGGUGCGACGUACGCUCUUCCGACCAAAGAGAUGUACAUUCGCUGGCUGCAAGCCACAAUCUUCAUGCCGGCCGUCAAGUUCUCCUACACGCCGUGGGAUUUCGACAAUGAGACGCUGGAGAUCUGCCGCGACCUGUUGUCGCUGCGCGCGCAGUACGCGCCGCGCAUCGUGGGGUUGAUGCAGAAGGCGGUGGAGGACGGCACGCCGGUCAACCUGCCCAUCUGGUGGAUCUCCCCCAACGACGACACGGCGCAGACCGUCGACUCAGAGUUCCUGCUUGGCGAGGACGUUCUGGUGGCGCCGGUGUUGGAGGAGGGCGCAGUCAGUCGCGACAUCUACCUGCCCAGCGGCUACUGGAGGGACGAAGCGGACCCGGAGCACCCCACCAUACGGGGGCCCCAGUGGCUGUAUGACUACUCAGCUCCUCUCAACACGCUGCCGUAUUUCAGCAGGAACGCCACAGCAUGA